AUGUGUGCUCCGAAAAGCCAGAAUGUGGCUGCUGAUGCGACGACUUCUGACGAUGUGGGGAAUGCGCCCGAAUUGAAAGGAGCUGGUACAGGUCCAGAGCGGGUGCGAGAGUGUUGGAGAUGCUGGUGGUUGGUGAUAGUUAACAGCAGCAACGAGGUGGCCAAAGCCGUGAGCGAGACGCGCAAGUGGAGCAACACAACGCAGCGCUGCAGCAGCCGUAAUUCGCGGCGUGAUCGAAGCGCGCCUGCCACGAAGAGACUCCACACCGGGAAUCGGCUGGAUCGGGAGACUCGAUUUCUGAUUUUCGACUCGACUUGA